AUGGCCACCAAGGAACCCCCCGCUAAACCAUCGGAAACCUUGAUUCCUUCCAAAAGGAAAACCACAGACAGUUCCGCCUCUGACAACGGCCUCCCCAUAAAUUUCACAUCCCGCAAACCUCCCUGGUCCUAUCUCAAGCUUCAGUUAAUCACUCAGCCCUCUCCCCCAUCAUCCUCACCCUCAACCCCCUUAGACGAAAUAACAGCACGCACAUACCUAACCACCGCCCUCUCCCAAUUCCUCGGCAUCUCCGGCACAUCCAUCUCAAUCGACAUCCUUAAAAUCGAAAACUCCACAGGACAAAAAAAUAAUAAUAACAUAGUAUGGAUUCGCGUCCCCCGCGACGACGCAGCGGCUGUGGUAGCAGCUGUUAGUUCGUGGAUUGGAAACGGGAGUCAGGUUGGGAGUAGUGUUUCUUGGAGAGUUCGGGCGAAGGGUAGUUUCCUGGGUGCGUUGAUAGGUGGGACGGGGAGGGAAUUGUUUGCACCUUGA